CACGGAUAAGCUCCCGCUCCCACUUCCGCGGUCGCCACCUCGCAUUCCCCGAUUCGACGCCCGGACGCCACAGCCCCAUCUCUGAAUCCUGAUCACCGUCGCACGCGGCAUCCGAAACCAAUGGCGCUGCUUGCGCCGAGCCCGCGCGCGCUCUGCGUGCUGGAGGCCGCGGCGGCGGCCUCGCCGCACCCGCACUCCUCAGCCUCUUGCUCGACCGUCGCCAGCGGGGCGGCCGGGCGGGGCCUGUGGCUGUGGAAGGGCCGCGGGAGCGGGAGGAGGAGGGGCCGCGGGGACGGAGUCAGGGCGGAGGCCUACUUCUGGGACGUGUCGAAGCCGGUGGAGAUGGAGGAGAUCGACAGCAUGGAGAAGCUCGACGACGCGCUCCGGUGGUCCAUCGAGAACAAGCAGCCCAUCGUCAUCGACUGGCCAAUAGUUCAGAUCUCGAUUGCCAUGAUAGUAAAACUGAGAUGGAUGGCUAGUUGGUGUCGGAAAUGCAUUUACCUGAAGCCCAGACUGGAGAAGAUAGCAGGAGAAUAUCCAGGAGUCAGGUUUUACUUUGUUGAUGUCAAUAAAGUUCCACAAAGCGUGGUAAAAAGAGGGAAUAUAACUAAAAUGCCCACUAUUCAGUUAUGGAAGGAUGGGGAAUGGAAAGAAGAAGUGAUAGGAGGCCAUAAAGCAUGGCUUGUGAUGGAUGAGGUUAGAGAAAUGAUCCAGAAGAACAAGUGAUCGAAUACGCAAGCCGUACAAUUGAUGUUGUACUAUAAAAAUGUAAAUAGAGAUGCAGACGAUCUCUUCAGAUAUUAAGCUGUAAUCAAAUCAAUAAAGCUAUAUUUCAGCUCUCUAUCACAGCAGAGCUGGUUAA